GAGGCGUCGAUUCAAAACGAGGUUUAGUUGGAAUAACCACACACCAGUGACUGUCCUUGUGGGAAGUACAUCGCUGGUUCUGUCUCCCAGUAUGCAUGCCUUGUUGUUCCUAUGUCUUCUGUUCGUGAACACACAUAUUGUGGCAAGUGUUACAACAGCAACCACGUCUCCUGCUGCUACAACUCAGACAGGUGCUUCCGCAACUACAUCGGCAACCACUUCUCCUGCUGCUACAACUCAGACAGGUGAUUCCGCAACAACCAUAGCAAACACUUCUCCUGCUGCUACAACUCAGACAGGUGAUUCCGCAACAACCACAACAACCACUACCCCGGCUGCUACAACUCAGACAGGUGAUUCCGCAACAACCACAACAACCACUUCUCCUGCUGCUACAACUCAGACAGGUGAUUCCGCAACAACCACUACCCCGGCUGCUACAACUCAGACAGGUGGUCCCGCAACAACCACAACAACCACUUCCCCGGCUGCUACAACUCAGACAGGUGGUCCCGCAACAACCACAACAACCACUACCCCGGCUGCUACAACUCAGACAGGUGAUUCCGCAACAACCACAACAACCACUUCCCCGGCUGCUACAACUCAGACAGGUGAUUCCGCAACAACCACUACCCCGGCUGCUACAACUCAGACAGGUGAUUCCGCAACAACAACAGCAACCACUUCCCCGGCUGCUACAACUCAGACAGGUGAUUCCGCAACAACCACUACCCCGGCUGCUACAACUCAGACAGGUGAUUCCACAACAACCACUACCCCGGCUGCUACAACUCAGACAGGUGAUUCCGCAACAACCACUACCCCGGCUGCUACAACUCAGACAGGUGAUUCCGCAACAACCACUACCCCGGCUGCUACAACUCAGACAGGUGAUUCCGCAACAACCACUACCCCGGCUGCUACAACACAGACAGGUGAUUCCGCAACAACCACUACCCCGGCUGCUACAACUCAGACAGGUGGUCCCGCAACAACAACAGCAGCCACUACACAAGACGCUGCAACAACCACAGCUCCAACUGCAACAACUCAGACCGAUGGUUCCGCUGCAACCUCAGCGACCGCAACUUCGGCUGCUACAACUCAGACAGGUGGUCCCGAAGCCACCUCAGCAACCGCUCAAACUGUUGUCAAGAUGACAGUUAAUAAUUGUGACAACGAGCGACGGCCUUAUUCUGAAGAUCUGGCAAUGGUUUUCAAAGUAGCAGCCGACGACACAACACUGUCCCCGAGCAACCCCGACGUCGUGGAGCUCUCCUCGGCAACAUCCGGCAGCUGCGCCGAGCUGUGCGCUUCACGUAAGACAUGCGUGAUGUACAGCAUCAGCAACACGGGCACCUGCAGGAUCACCUCCGCCUGUCAGCCUGUAGUGGAGGGCGAGACUAACUCGGCAAUCCUGUUCCUCAAGUAUUGGGGUGAUCACAUGGACGCCAUGACAUAACUGAAACGGUGUUGUUUCACUUCUAGUCAAUAACUUAUGGGGAUGGUCUAUGGUCGCCAUGGUGAUAUAAUUUAAAUACUGUCGUUCAACACAAGCCAUUGACAAACGUGUAUAUUGGGGAUGAUCUUUUUGUCGGCACCAUACACAUUAAGCUCAGAUGCUUAAUGACAUUCUAUUAAAUGCAAUGGCAAACCGCCAUUGACUACCGCCCUCACAUUAUUGGGGUAAAACUUAGAUAAGGUACUUGUGGUGACAACUUUAAUUCACAGUUAAGAAAGCCUUUGUCGGAAAAGUUAAGAAUUCGCAUCUUUCUGAGAAGCUGUUUCAUCAGGCUCACUCUUCGUGAACACCUGGUAUCAUCACUAUUUGAUGGUGAUCAAAAACAAAUAAUUAUUCUAUAAUCGGAUUCAGAGUGUGAGUUAAGUAAUCAAAAUUCAUUUAUAAAUAAUACCCACAUGUGUUCUUCGGGAUUUUAUUUGUUUAGAUUCGACAGCCCUGACCAUGCCCACUGUGUUCCACGGUACGUCAAUGUAAAUUAGUCAUAUAUUAAUAUAGAUCUGGUACUAAUAUCCAGCUUCAGUCUUACAUCUUUGUUCAGAUCGAGAUAAUACUCCUGAAACCGCUUUUGACUAUCAAAGUGACUUGAUGCGAACAUUCUGCUUGCCCCGGUGAAGUCUGUUUUGAAUAAUUUUUAAAAGGAGGUAGAUUUCCGUUUCUUUGAUUUUCAGAUGAUGAAUGACACGAUUCUUACUGAGAUAGAAGUUUCUGAAAACAAAUCAUACAAAAUCAAUAACAUUUGCCUCGUCAUGUUUUCGGCUCGAUUUCUCAAGGGCAAGGACAGGUUAUAAAAUCAAUUGAUAUGUCAGUCGUAUUAAAUGAAAUUGAUCACGUACUAUCUUGAAAUACCAUAUAUAUAGCCAGUUAUAUAUCAUCCCCAACUGGCUCCCACGGGAGAUAUCGCUUGGUUGAGAUGAGAUCAGGCGAUAUCUACAUUGCAGACCAUUGUGCUGUCAUUGGUUACCAUGACGUCACAAUUCAAGGACAAUACUAAUGGUUCUGCUACUGAAGCUGUCAGUAGUACUGAUGACACUUAAGAAGUCAUUGCUUAUUACUGUCUACAAACUGAAAAAAAGUUGGAAGAAUGAUGUUGGAUGAUAGAUAAAAUGUUAUCCUCGUGUCUUUUGAUAUCAAAUAUAUCAC